AUGGAGUCAUUUCAGAAGCUCAAGCGCCGCACGACGGAUCUUGUGGAGAACAACUCUUGGAACCUCCCUUCAAUGCCCAAGGUGCAGAUGCCAAACAUCAGUAUGCCAAGCAUGCCCAACAUGCCAAAUAUGCCGAAUCUGCCCAAGUUCGGCUCCGACUCCUCUGCCAUGAAGGCAACCUGGCAGUACGUUUCGGUUCCACCGCUCCCCAGGUCAUCGCACUCCCUCAAUGUCGUGGGCGGCUCUGCCUAUAUCUUUGGCGGCGAGGUCGAGGCAAGAAAUCCCGUAGACAAUGACAUGCACGUCAUCACACUGCCAUCUAGUGGUGCCCCCGCGGAUUACUACACGGUCAAGGCCAAACAAUCUGCCAAGAAUGUGCCGGUCACAGAGACGGAAGAUGCCAUCGCUGAAGAGGGCGAGCCCCUGUCCGAGGUGCCUCUCUCCUCUCCGUUACCCACCGACUCAUCAGAAGACAAGGGCAAAUCGCCCGACCUGCUCAGCGCCGAGGUGCCCUCGCCCCGAGUCGGGCACGCCACCGCUGUCAUUGGCAGCCGUAUAUUCAUGUUUGGCGGGCGCAGCGCUGCCGCCGAGACCCUGGAUGAGAAUGGCCGCGUCUGGGUCUUUGAGACCAAGACCAACACGUGGUCCUUCCUGGACCCGCACCGCGAGAGUCCCUCGGCUCCGGCACGAUCCUACUUUGCAGCCGUGGCAACGGACAAGCCUCGCGAAUUUGCGCCGCGCGGACCCCGGCGUACCGAGUCCUGGAAGGAAUGGGCCGAGGGCGACAGCGCUGAUGCCGGCAUUCCGCAACGACCAAUUGUAGGCAACGUGGCGGCCCAUGCGAGCGACGAGGAGGAGGCUGGGUUCGGUACUUUUAUCGUGCAUGGCGGCUGCCUCAAGGAUGGUUCUCGUGUCAAUGAUCUUUGGGCCUUUGAUGUGAGGAGCCGGACGUGGAAGGAGCUGCCUACCGCUCCCGGAAAGCCGAGAGGUGGCGCUGCCUUGGCCAUUGCCAAGAGCCGCCUGUACCGGUUCGGUGGGUUCGAUGGCGAAAGCGAGAUUGGAGGCCAGCUGGACGUUCUGGAGCUCGGCGUCGAGUUGUUUGACGACCGUGUCAGCAGAGGCGAGGUGGGAAUCUGCGCCAAGGGUAGCUGGAUCACCUUGACGCCGUCUGCGCCCCAGACACAAGGCGAGAAGGGCACCCUGGUGCCAGAAGAGUGGCCGGGUGCCAGAUCGGUGAGCGGCAUGCACCUCGUCAUGGGCGGUGGCGGCCGCGAGUAUCUGGUCCUACUGCUCGGCGAGCAGACGCCUUCAGGUGCUGGCCACGAGGCCGCGGGCCAAUUUUGGAGCGAUGCCUGGGCGUUCCAGGUCCCGCCCAUCGGUAUGACGGCUGCAAGCUUCAAAGACGCCUUCUUGCAGGCAACGGGCCGCAAGACAGGCGAGGGCAAGUGGUCGAGACUCGAUCUGGAACCAUAUGACGAUGAGGUCGAGGCCGAUGCCCGCGGUCCCGGGGCAAGAGGCUGGUUUGCUAGCGCUGCCUUGGGUGAUCAGGACGAAACCGGUAUCGUACUGCUGGGCGGCAUCGAUGAGAGAAAUCAGAGGCUGGGCGACGCAUGGGUCUUCCGGCUUGGUGAGGCCAAGGCUUACACAGGUUAA